AUGAAUUUUGAUCCAGAAUAUUACGCUCAGAAUGUUGAUGAGUGGUGUAAUGAUGAUGACUUCAUAGAAACACACACAAGGAAGCAAAUUAUAACAAUUUUAGACAGAUCAAUUCUUUCUGGAAAACAAUUUCAUAAAAUUUUCUCUAUCGCAACAUCAUUUUUUGAACAAGAAGACAUCAUUUCUAUGCUAGAACAUAGUCAUGUCGAUUUCAAUAAUCAAAUCGAAAACAUAUCUAAAGUGUUAGAAUUUUUUGGAAUUUUUUUCAAUUUGCAGAUAUUUUACGAUAUGCGUUCAGUGCUUGGAUGUAUAUCUCUGAAUACUGGAACAAAUGAAGACAAAGUAUUGCCGAAUAACAUCAAAGAAUUGGAAAAAUGCCAAAAAUCUGAAUUUUACUUUGAUGAAAUAUACAGAAUCCUUGCAAAAGCAGCAUCACAGAAUGAUGAACAGACAAUAAAAUACGCAAUUGAUAAUAAAUACACCGAAGUUCGUGAUGGCUACAUCAAAUCAGGUGCAGACGUAGCACUUUGGUCGGCAAUGAAAGGAAAUAUGCGUCUUACUAAUCUAUUGGCUAAGAAUGGUGUCAAUAUGACCACUAGAGACCAAGUUAAUGCAUCAAUUCUACAUUUAUUUUGUAUAAAAGGAAAUUCAGAGGCAAUUAAGUUUGCUUUAAAGUUUAUAGAUAAGAAUGAUGUAGAUAAUAAUGGUUGGACUCCUCUUCACUACGCUGCUUAUUAUAAUAACUCUGAAGCUUGUAGAUAUCUCUGUAGUUUGCCUGGGAUAGACUUAUAUGCUUAUAAUAAUAGUAAUAGAACACCUUUGGCUGAAGCUUCAAACUCAUUUAGAAAUUGUGGCGAAACUAUUGAAAUUCUUAGAAGAAGUGGUGGAACUUUUUGA